CCACGUGACAAAAUGGCGGCCUCGAAAACUCAGCAAUAUGAUGGAGACUGAAGAGAGUAGAGAAAUAGCUGAUCCCAUUGCCCAGGUCGAAGAGGAAGAGCGGGACUGGUGUGUUCCAUGCAGUGAUGAAGAAAUUGAGGGAGACAACAAGAAAAUGUGGGAACCAGAUCCAGAACAGAUCAUUGAACUUUAUACUAAACUGUGUGAAGAUAAAGUGAUUGACUUAAGAUGGAAGAAUCCGGGCCGUAGACCACCAGAGAGUAACCAGGAGAAGACACCAGUUGAAGAGACGAUGGAAACAACCCAGGAGGAAGACAAAGAGGAAGAAGUCACAGAAUUCGACUUUGACACAAUAGAACCUGAACCAACCAUUACACCACGCAGGACACCAGGAAAUGUCAAGACUCCAAGAACCCAUCGUGUUGCGAGGAUGGAUAAGAUAUUGGAUGACAUUUUUAAACAGAAAAAGGAGAGCAUUUCAAAAUGUGAUGUAAAGAGUCCGAGGAGUCCUCAUGUUGUACCAGGUCCCUCCACUCUGGGGCCUGGUGGCGAUACUACUCCAAAAUGGCCUAUUUCUAGUGAAAUACAAACGGAUCCCUUUUCUGGUUUAUGAUAAUGAUGCAGUGGACUAAAGGAGGCAACUUUUAGUCAAACAGGUUCACCCUAGAAACACGGCGAACAUUCCAACUGUAAUUCAAUUUGGUGUAUUGUGCAGACAGAACCCAAAACUCUGUAGUUAUUCUGCUAUGUAAUGCCCCUGCUUGAAGUUGUUUUUAUGAUAGUUGUGUGGGGGUGUCUUGCGCAUUAUCUGCGUUAUUUUUACUUUGUGACGAUGUGAUUCAAAAGCAAACAAGGACUGACGACGAAUUUGAGGGCUUCUUUUUUAUAAAAUUGCACUGUAGACAGAUUGAUCAAAUAAAAUAUUUUUAUGUAUA